AUGUCCAUAAAUAUAACUACAAAUAGAGAUGAAAAAGAAAAACAAUUCAAUGCAAUUUGGGAUGAUACUACAACCGCUGCAUUUAUCCAUGCUUGUGUUGAUGAAACUUUGAAAGGGAAUAGACCAAAUGGACAUUUAUGUAAAGAAGGGUGGAAAAAUGUUAUUAGAAUAUUUAGAGAGAAAACCGAAAGAAAUUAUGAUCAAAGAAAAAUGAAAAAUAAAUGGGUUGUAUUAAAAAAAGAUUGGCAGAUAUUGAUAGACUUGGUUGGAAACAACACAGGCUUGAGUUGGGAUUCACUAAGACAAACUAUUGAUUCACCAACUAGAUGGUGGGAAGAAAAUUUAAAGGUUAAGCUUGAGGAGGCAAAAUUUAGAGCAAAGGGGUUGCAAAAUGCAGACCAAUUAGAUAUUCUUUUUAAAAAUAUUGCAGUUACGGGAGAUGGAGCAUGGGCACCAUCUCAAGGAUUUGUACCUCCAAGUACUGAAGGCAAUUCAUCUAGACAUGUAGGAGAAAAUGAUGAUACAUUUGAGGAUAUGAAGUAUAAUGAUACUAAUGAUACGGAAUAUUCAAUACAUAAUGCUGAGGAUUAUACUCAAGGGAAAGGGAAAAAAAAAAGAAAAAGAAUAGGAUCAAAAGGUAAUGUUGCAAAUAAACUUUGUGAUCAGUUGGAACGUGUGUGUGGAUCAAUAGAUAAUAGGAGAAGAGAUCUUCCAGGUUGUAGUAUUUUUGAAGUGAUAAAUGUCUUACUAGACAUACUUGGAAUUAUAAAAGGUAAUGAGCUUUUCAUGAAAGCUGUAGAUAUCUUUACAAAAAGGAAAAAUAGAGAAAUGUUUGUAGCGCUACAAGAGCCUGAGAUUCAAGUUGCAUGGUUGAAACAAAAGAAAGUUUGA